AGAGAAGUGACACAGAUGCAUACAGGACAACGGUGUGUUAUAUAAUACAAUGGUGCAUUGUAAGAAGCUCAUCCUGACCCUAAUCACUGUGCUGGUGUGCUAUGGUUUUUACAAGAAUUUGUGGAUCCUUGGAAAGGAGCGUCCUAGGACGAGGAAAACACAGUUCCCGAUGUCAGCGGCUGAAUGUAUGGACCUGAAGUCUUAUAUUUUAAAUUCUACAAUGAAAAAAUUUGAGGUCAAUUUUUCAGGGACUUUUUUAAAGAUGAUGAAUGCACUUCAGGGGUGUCCAUGGAUAGAAAACCGGACUGAACGCAACCUGUUACAAUCACAGCUCAAUAAUUGCUGCAAUGCAUCCUAUUCCAUGAUUGUGACUCAGGAGAAUAGUCCGGUCGGACACACAAUUCACUAUGAUGCAGAGAUGAAGGUACAAAAAGUAACCGAGAGUCUUUAUGACAUGUUCCCAAAGAGUACCCCAUUCCGGAAGCCCAUUAGAAGCUGUGCUGUGGUCGGAAAUGGGGGCAUUUUAAAAAACAGCUUCUGUGGUGCUGAAAUUGACCUUGCUGAUUUUGUGUUCAGGUUGAAUUUACCUCCGUUGAAUGUUACAGAUGAUGUCGGCACAAAGACAGAUCUUGUUUCUGCAAACCCCACUAUCCUAAUAGACAGGUUUGGCAGUCUGCGAGAGAAGAGGAAGCCAUUUAUAAACAUGAUGCGGGCAUUUGGCUCUGCCCUCGUUCUCAUGCCAGCUUUCUCAUACUUGUUUUGCACUGACAUCUCCAUCAGGACGCUCUACACUCUGGAAGAUUUUGACAUGAGUAGCAGAGUCGUCUUCUUCAACCCACACUACAUUGCAAACCUGACUCUUUACUGGAGGAACAUGAAGCUCCAGUUCGGACGGAUGUCAUCCGGGCUUAUGUUGGCAAGCGCCGCCAUUGAGAUUUGCGAGAAAGUGACACUAUAUGGAUUCUGGCCAUUUUCUCAAGAUCUUAAUGGAACCUCCGUCCCUCACCACUACUAUGAUAACGUUCCCCCUAAUAAAGGGGCCCACUCUAUGCCAGAUGAAUUCUUCCGCUACGUACAGAUGCACAGUAAAGGAUCUCUGCAACUGAAACUGGGACCUUGUUAAGACCUUCUAUAAUUACGUGUCAUCGCUUGAGUCAGUUUAUCGCACUCACAUGCAGAGAAAACACAGUAAAGUUAGACGGCAGCAUUCUCAGACACAGAAAGAGGAGUGUAUUAGAUAUUUUAAUUUAAAGAGGCAACUAAAUCUCCAACACUUCAAUGUUUUGAUGUGAAUCAGGACGGUAAAACACAUUCGGUAAGCCCAACAUCCCACUGCUGAAAAGAAAAAGAAUGGUAGAAUUUUAUAUGGUGGUACUGUAUACUAUGCUGACACUUUUCCCACUGCUAUGAUGUAAGACUAAUAAAUUAUAUUUACU